UCCCUUCCUCUCUAGGAGGUUGGCUCGUUUCAUUUAACCCUUGCAAAGCCGCCAGGAGGGAUCGCCCCCCCUCCUUCCACGCCGCCCUUUUUGCAAGCAGGCGAAAACAUCUGGGCACCGCUGGCCGGGCGUGCCCAGGCAAGCAGCCGAUGCCUGCAAAAUGCAAAGCCAUGCAAAGUUGCAAUGUGUGUGUGUGUGCAUCUUCUGCCGCUCAUCGAGGGGAGGGAGGGGGGGGCAAUAAAAAGCCCCACCCUCCCAGCAAGAUAUUUUCCCCCACACCCCCCACCUUCCCGCCGCAGGAAAGCGUGAGCGAGGCUUUGCUGCGGCCGCUCGAGGGUUAAAGCCAGCGACGGCUUGAUUUCCUAGAGGGGACGAGAAGGCCACAGGAAGAAGACCGGAAGGAGCCUCUCUAGGAAACGGGCUCCUCCCAGAAGACGGCUUUGAAGUUGGCCGUUCAGAGAUGGAGAAUAAAGAAGAAUUGUGUGUUUUCGACGGAGAAAAGAAGGGAGAUAAGAAAAGGGAGCCUCAGAGAAGGAAAACCAAAUUAAACCAGAUGAGGAAUCACCCUGGCCAGCUUGCCAGUCUGGGAAAAAACAACAAAGGAAAUGAAAUGAAUACUUUCCUCCAGCGCCAGAAGAGUUUGGACUCCAACCUCAUUUGGACUCCAACCUCAUAGCUCAUUGCACCAGCUACGUCAAGGAGCAGCCGUUUAAAUGCGAGAAGUGCGGAAGGAGUUUCGGUUUGAACACGCACCUCAGCGCCCAUCGACGGAUGCACACGCAGAAGCCCUAUAAAUGCUUCCAAUGCGGCAAAAGCUUCAGCGCCAUGACCAGCCUCGCCAGUCACCAGAGGAGCCAUACUGGAGAGAAACCCUACAAGUGCUCGGAGUGCGGCAAGAGCUACAGUUCUAGCACCAGCAUGGCUUACCACCAGAGGACGCAUCGCGGGGAGAAACCGUACAAGUGUUUGGCGUGUGGCAUCGGCUUCAGCUUGAGCACCAGUCUCAUUUCUCACCAGAGGAUUCACACGGGCGAGAAACCCUACAAGUGCUUGGAGUGCGGGAAGAGUUUCCGGGUGAGCACUAGCCUCACCUCCCACCAGCGCAUUCACACGGGGGAGAAACCUUACAAGUGCUUGGAGUGCGGCAAGAGCUUUUGCGUGAGCACGAACCUCACGUACCACCAAAGGACGCACACGGGGGAGAAACCUUACAAAUGCUUGGAGUGCGGGAUUAGCUUCUGUUUGAGCACCAGCCUCACGUACCACGAAAGGAUCCACACGGGGGAGAAGCCUUACAAAUGCCUGGAUUGCGAGAUGAGCUUCCGACGGAGUUCGGAUCUCAACACCCAUCAGAGGAUUCACACGGGGGAAAAACCCUACCAGUGCAUGGUGUGUGGGAAGAGCUUCCGGGUCAGCUCCAGCCUCACUUCCCAUCAGAGGACGCACACGGGGGAGAAACCGUACACCUGUUCGCAGUGUGGGAAGAGCUUCAGCAGAAGCACACACCUCAACGCUCAUCAAAGGAUCCACAGGGCAGCAGCUGUGUGAAUCUUUAGUCUGGGUACGCCUGAAAGCAGAUCUCAUUGAGGAAUUCACUCAAGAGACAACACCCCCCCCUUAAUUAAUUUUUAAUUUUUAGUGGACCAUAUUUAUGUUAUGAGUGGUGUGGUGGCCUAGAGCUGGAGCUCUCACCUCACAAUCAGGAGGAUGUGAGUUAGAGGCAGAUAUUUCUCUCUGGGCACGCUGAGAUUAAGCUCCACAUUGGCAACAGGAAGGGCAUCUGGCCGGUAAACAGCUCCAUUCAGUUGCCCAGACUCCCCCUCCCCUUCCGCAAGGGAUUAUGGGGUCGUUAAAAGAGGAUGAUGAUGACUAUAUUAAUGUUCUGGAACUAGGAUAAGAAACAUUUCCAUUUCUUUGUCCGGAUGUUUUAGUACCUGGCUUUUGUGUGUCACUCUCGUUCUGUAUAUGUUGAAGCUGGAUUAAAACUUUGCACAAUUUUAGUGCUGAGUUGUUCUACAAGUGGCAAAUAAAAUCUUUAGUAUUGAC